AUGGACGACGGCUCGACGAAGUCGGUUUCAUACUGGCGCUCAUCUGCCGGUCAAGGACGAUGGAUGCUAAACUGUGGUGAAUCACCGGUCGGGCAGUCAGAGGUUCGAGCCAGACACUUCACCAGUCAGAAGCUAGCACACGUCAAGCUAGACCUGCAAAUGACUCUUGUCAUGUUAAUGCGGUCAGCCGAUAAACGUGGAAUGUAUAAGGUGGAACGUACGGAGGACCCCCGAUAA